AACCCUUGAGCGCACAUAAAUCUUGCGCAUGGAAGGCAGGGCACUUCCUGGUUUUUCCUCAAUUUGUUCCUUGCUUGUCAAAGAGCUUUCUAGAUUAAGUAUAGAGGGAAAAGGGCACGCACCCAACCAGUAGGUCUGCACGUAUUGUCAUUUCCAUAUGAAUAACCGGAAACAUCGAAACCAAGUGGUUUUGUAGUUUAACGAUGUACUCAACACGUCAAGCGUGAAUCGUGAGACACAUCAAGGGGUGUACUGCUAACUAACCCCACGCUAGCAAGCAUAACUAAUUAUCUAACGUGAUCUAGCUAAUUAUCUACAAUCAUCUACGACUAGCUGUUGUGAAUGGUGUAACGUUACCUAGCUAACGUUAGCGUGCCAGACAUUAAAAAAGAGGACUCUUCGACCAGGAAAGGGGUGAGUUCAAAUCAUCAUGGUUGUUUCUAACGUUACAUAUCUAGUUAACCAAAUUAGCUAACUAGCUAAACCAAUCCACCAAAUCUGUGAAACCAUGCUAAUCCUUGGAGCUACCUAGCUAACUAUACACAUAAAUGCACUAGCGUAGACUACACAGUGCCCUCCCCCAUCCCGUGGCUGUCUCCCACAUACACUAGAGUAUAGUAGCCUGGUGCCUGCCUACUACCUAGCUAGCUAGCAUUAAAUUCUAAAUCUGACAGAAUCUAGAUUAUUUUCAUUAGUAUAGCUAGCUAAUGAACCAUGUUACUUUGCUAUUCUAGCUCAAUAACAAUGAUUGUGACUUGACAUAGGUCAAUUUACAAAUGUUAUUCCAUUUUGGUCAUUUUACUAUUACAGUCAGUGGAAUUUCUUGUUAGGAAAUCUCAAAACGAAUAGAUAGGGUUGCAGUACCAUCAAUACCAGAUCAAUAUUGCCAUCUGCCGGCCUUUGGGCUAGGGUUGCAUCUCUUAAACUGCAGAAAAGUAGCUAUUGAUGAUCUUUAGGAUUUCUAGUGAGCCAGGGUACUUUUCUGCUGUGGGAAUUCCAUACUGAAUCCUUUAUACAAGGUUCUUGAUACAACCAUUUGCUGUUUAUGCUUAAUCAAAAUACAACAUUUUAACAAUUAAACUGACUAAGGACAAGACUGAUCAUUGUGAUCAACAUAGCAAAAGCUUACCACAUUAAAUCUAGACUAUUAGAUAAGACCAUAGGCAUUCCAGCUGAGGUUAUAAACGUAAAUUACAUCAGCCUUGUUAAUUAACUGCUAUUUCAUCCUAUUGAGCCACAUCUCUCCUCCACUCCCAUCUUUCACUCCCAUUCUCCUGUGCUCUCUUCCUCUGGGUCUGCCAUUCCUCAGUCUUAUUAAUGACUGUUGGAGGCAUCCAAGCAGCAGGGAGUCCUGCAAUCUCAUAAAUAAUGUAUUAAACUGAUGCCCCAUUCAGCGGUAUAGCGCUCAUACAGUAUAGUGCUCACACCCCAGUCUUUUGUAAUGUUUCAUUGAUCCAUUGAAGUCGUUAGUGUCAUAUCUAUUAGACGUUAUAUGUCAUAAUGUUUAUUAAUACUGGAGUCUCAGUUGAAUUGUGAGACUUAGGCUAAAUGUGUGACUGUUGUCAACUAUUGCUGUCUUGAGAACGGCAGAAUAGAAUGGCAAUUUUGUAAAAAUAGUUUCUGCUGUAAGACAAAGACUAUACUAAAGUCAAUCAGUUCAUUCAGGAUAACAGCAGCAUGUCAUUCAGUGAAGGAGGAGUUUAUACACUCCCUUCUAGUCAACCACAAAAGAGCAUUGAUUUAGCAGAUAAUAGCUAAUCGACGCUUGCCUCGCAUUGUUUUUCUUGACAGUGCUUUUGCUUAUGUGUACAAAUGCCAUAGUAGCUAUAGUGAAUUCAUUAUGUAGCAUUGACCUUGGUAACAGAUUGUGUCACUGGAGUUAAGCAGCAGCAGCAAGAGAUGUUUAUAGGACAACGUUUCUAUGAGGUCCCUGACUUAUUUGGUUUCGAUGAAACAGUAGUUAUGAUGUAGUACAAGAGAUACUGUUAGCUUUGUUCACUCUAUGGGAGUGACACCCCCAGUCAUCUCUCAACAUUGAUUCACCUACGGGUCAUUCCACCUCAAAAAGCACAAUAAAUAGGAUUUCGACACCCACCAUCUCUGAUUGUUCUGAAAUAGUUUUUGUUGUUAGAAACGGGUAAGAUUAGCAUUCCUGCAACAUUAUUUUGUUGUAAUAUAAUUUGAUCUCUGAGAAAUUAAGCUAAUUGAUUGCACCCAGAUUGGCCAUUUUUUAAUUUAUAGGAUUAAUAUAAUAUUCAAUAAGUAUAGUACCUAACAGCAGAUUUGGACCAAACUUUUUUAGAACAAUGAGUUAGACAUGAGGAACCCCCACACCCCACGCCAAUCCCACCCCAACAACAAGUAUAUAGUAUCAGUUUUCUAUGUCUGACAAGUAGCAUGGAGCUGCGGCUCUGAGAGGUGUUUCUUCAUCCUAUGUAAUGUAUCCUCAGUGAAUUUGGUGAUGUGUUUUUUCUCCUGUUCAGGGAGAUUAGUCAUUGAAGUUGUUAGGUUUAUGUCCCAUCCUACAUCCUGAUAUUCCCAUGUUCUGACCACUAGAUGGUGCUGGUUCUGCUGUUAGGUGUUUUUUUGUUUUUUAAGAACCCCCCCCCCCCCCCCCCAUUACAAAAUGACAUAUAGGUUCCUUACCCUGUAAGCAGUUUAUGGACAUGGUAUGACAGCAACCCAUUUUUUUUGUUUUUAUUACCUGUCCACUGUUUCAAAUGCUAACUUUUUAGCAUUUGUGGCAAAGAUCCAAUGCAUGUCAAUUAGGGUUGGGCGAUAUUACGAUAUAAUCGGAUAUCAAUUAUGUUUGACAGACAUCGUCAAUGGCAACAACAUCUUGAUGUGACAGACGAUAGUUUUUAUAUAUUUAUAUUUUUUACAGAAGAUAGUUUAACCUAUUUGAACCUGACUGACACUGCUUGAGUUGGGCAGCGCAUAACAGUGCAGCUCACAGCCGGGCGACACGACAAAUGACCUACCUCUUCCUGUUUGGCGUAGCCUUUUUCAAUAAAUAUGUAGGUAGACUUAUCCUACUAUUAACAUAAUGCAAGAGUAGGCCUACAAUGUAGAUGGAGCGGAGAGUGCUAAAAGCAGCGCAAAAUGUCAGAUAACAUUUCUCUCGCUCACCGCUCCAAUGUCGGAUGAUCAUGGUCCUUUUGCAGCGGACAAUCUGUUUUCUGGCUUGUUUUAAAAGCUUAAUUUCCCUUGUUGCCCCAAUCCACAUUUUAUUUGAACGUGACUUGUUUGUCUAAGCAUAUCUUUCAUGAUCAACUUUCAAUGAAUCUAGGAGGCCAGUAACAGAGUUCUAUCUCAGAAAGUUAUGUUUGUCAAUAGCCUUAAUAAAAACAUGAUAUGGUAAUAAUGAGAGAGAGAACCAACAAUUGCAAGAUAGAAUAAUUGAAUGGGAAGUUUAAACAAACCUUAUACGUUUCUGACAUCCACCUGACCAAAGCUUUAGGAAAAACACAUUGUGAUCUGCCAGAAAAUCAUUGCAAACCAAACAGACAAUAAUAUAGGCCUACACUAGGCUACUGUCAAUAAAAUGUACAGUACACAGAUAUUUAUAUUACUGUAGAAGUGUUUUCAUAUCCUUGAAUUGCGCAAUAGGGAUUAUAUAAACUCCCACAUCAGCGCUUUCGAUAAAGGAACAAAAAUAAAUGUUGCCAAUAAAAAGAAGAACCCACAUUUGGGAAAGGCUACAAAUUACAAAAUAAAUAAAGUAAACAGAAUAAGUACGAAAUUAACGAAAUAAAUAACAGUGCAAAUAAGUUUAAGGCACACGAGAAUAUUCUAGCCUGGGCUACAUUUAUUUAGAAUAAGACGCAUCUGUGAAUACAGGCUUUGAAAAUUAAACAAAUAAAAAGUGCAUAGAAGAACCAUUCGGACUAUUUUUCUUUUCAUUAUAUAUUAACCUACCUAAAGGUUUCUGGCCAGGAACACAAGCAUGUUCACCUUUUCUGUCUUUAAUAGACUGCGGAGUGGGGUAACGGUAUUGCCUGCUGUAGGCAUAUUGAAAACACGUUCAGACAGAACGCGUUUUGCACGGAAUGCAGAUGUAUUUGAGGGCGACGUUGGCCCAGAGCGGAAAGCGACCCUCAUUCCCUCUCCACUAAUGCCAGUGGGUCACUAUGCUCCGAUUACAUGUUAGAGUAGGUAGGAUGUGAGUUCUGCGCUGGCCCGCUGUUGCGCACUGAGUGUGACUGUUUGCUUAGCUCUCGCAAGAAGACUGACCACUGAUAUCUUCUACCGUGAACAUGUGCACUCGAUCUUAGUUGAAAUUAUCCAACAUCACCAUCAUUGAAAGGGUCUCGUAUCACACUGUAGGUCUACAACGUUUGGUUCCAAAUCACCAUUCAAAGUUAUCGGUACCAAAUAUCACCAUAUGAUUGGUUUAUAUUUAUUUAUUUAUUUAUUUAUUUGCACACAAGAAAAUACAAUAUUGGUAAGAUGAUUUCCACAUUGUAGUCUAAGAGCGUUGUGCCAGUAACCGAAAGGUCGCUGGUUCUAAUCCCCGUGCCGACUAGGUGAAAAAUCUGUCGAUGUGCCCUUGAGCAAGGCACUUAACCCUAAUUGCUCCUGUAAAUCGCUCUGGAUAAGAGCGUCUGCUAAAUUACUAAAAUGUAAAUGAAAAAUGUAAUGAUUAGAGUAUAAUCUGUGGUUUGUGCACAACACAGGCUGCGUUAUAGGUCGUUUACUGCGUUGCUAGGCAACACAAUGCCUCGCUCCCCCUGCCACAGAUUUCUUUGGGGGAUGAUACAAUAAAAUAUAUAUAUUUUUUAACUCGUUCUAUCUGUGAUACAAUCGUAUAUCAACGAUGUUUGGACAGGUCGAUGGGACGAUGUGUCAUUCCAGACAUCGCCCAACCCUAAUGUCAAUGGUACCUCAUUGUUGGUGGUGGGAUUGGCGUGGGGGGUCUGUGGGUGGCUUUUGACAAUUUCUUUGGAUUCCUCUUGUCUUACUCAUUGUUAGAAAAAGUUUGGUCCAAAUCGGAGGUCUGGUACUAUAUUUAUUGAAUAUUAUAUGAACCCUAUAAAUUAAAAUGGCCAAUUUGGGUGCAAUCAAUUAUCUUAAUUUCUCAGAGAUUAAAUUAUAUUUCAACAAAAUAAUGUUGCAGGAAUGAUAAUCUUAUCUGUUUCUAACUACAGAAAUGAUUUCAGAACAAUCUGAGAUGGUGAGUGCCAUGGCUUGCUGAAAUGACAUAGAAGGGCCCCUACACGUUAUUAGCAUUCCACUUCCUCUGCCUAAAGCAAGUUUUACCUGAAAUGCCUCAAACUGAAUAAUCCAUGUUAUGGAUGACAGCAAAGGCCUUUUAAUUGUUGCCUGUUUGACAAAACAAAUAUAUGCAUCAGGAUUUUAUAAUUAACUAGGCUAACACAACCAUUCCACAGCUGUGCUUAUCAAAUCCAUAGAGGGAUCCUUGCAUUCUGACUAUUAGCUACGCACAACUUGCGGGAUGGGAGUGUUGUAGUGGUGUGUGUGAGAGGGAGAGAGUGACACACUGACCCGGUGAAUUAGCUAGAUGCUGUUAGUCUGGCCUGGAUGUGUUAGCAUAGCACUAUCAGCAGCAGAUCGUAAUGCCUGGGCUGAGUGGGGAAAGUGAUAGCCAUGGCCAGGCUGAACUUCUCACCCACUAACCAGCAGGAGGGCACUAAGCCUGUUGUGUGUAGGCAGACUGUCCAGAGUCUGGGGCUAGGCACUAACCAGGCUACUGUAGUGUAUGUGGGAGACAGCCAGGGGAUGAGGGGGUGCACUGUGUAGUCUAGUGCAUUUGUGUGUAGUAAUGUGUUUAUCACAGGUUGAUUGUCUACACACUGGCCUAUAUCAGUGCUGCUGUUAGGGAUGUUCGAAUAGUGGGCUUUUACAAACAUUAUAUAAAAAAGGUUUUGGCAGGAAUAUGUCAGAUGCAUCAGGGUUCCCCGUAAGACGAUUUGGCUAAAGCUCAAUUAAGCUAGUAUGGCUAAUCAUAAAAGUGAGAUUACACAGAAAAUACCAGUGAAUUGGCCACAUGGAUGGAUGAAAUUCUGACCUCUUAUAGGCCAGAUUUCAGAGGGGGGAGUUUUUCCUAGCCACUGUGCUUCUACAUCUGCAUUGCUUGCACUUUGGGGUUCUAGGCUGGUAUCUGUAUAAGCACUUUGUGACAACUGCUGAUGUAAAAAGAGCUUUAUAGAAUACAUUUGUUUGAUACAUACAUUUCAAAAAGGCAGUGUGUUUAUUUUAGGAAUACUCAGCUGUUUUGAACUUGUAAUGUUCUUUCUUAAUAUUUUUGGACAUAUAGGCUAUUUUUAUUACCCUGACAUUCUGGUUCCACUGAAUGUGGGCCAAAACUGACCGCAGAGACAUUUUGACCAGGAUAAUUGAAUUUAAAGACUUUAGAAUACACUGUUGCUUUACUUGCUUUAGAAUACUUAAACAGACUAACAAGAACUUCAUAAACUCUCACCCACUGUCUCUUCUCUCACUCCCUUUGUCCGUUAUUGUCUGUUUGCACAGACGAUUGAUUUGUAUGGCAAAGUUGAUACGUCACCACAGUUCAGAUAAGUUUAGAUUAAAAGACAACACAUAAACUAGGUGUCUAGCCUUUUCAGUAAAACAUUUGUUUCAGUCUACAACACCACGUUCCAACAAAUAACAGAAAAGAGACCACAUUCCAACAAUACUGUCUGUACAGACAAUGAAACAUUGACACCUCACUUCCUUCUCAAUUAUGUAUACACCUGUAGUUUCUCACAAGGCUUCCUCCAUAUAUUUACACUACAACAACAGCUCAUUACAACAACACAGAAAAUGCAAUGCAACAUUGGCACAUCAGACAUCACUUAAUUGACACACCUGUAUCUGUAGCCUAUCCCUAACCGUCCAAACCCUUCUCUCCCAGCAGCAUGCGGCGAGAGCUGCGGCCGUUCUAGAAUGAAGAAGAGCCCGGCGCACCGUUGCAGGGACAUUGAGAGGCAAGCCGGCUACCUGCAGCCUGAGCACUGCGCCCCUCCCCCAACCUGCCCUCGCUCCGACGCCAUGUGGUUCAUCCGCGACUGCUGCGGCAUCGUAUGCGGCGUCAUCACCUGGUGCCUGGUGUUCUAUGCCGAGUUCGUGGUGCUCUUCGUCGUGCUGCUGCCCGCCAAGAACCUGCUCUAUAGUCUAUUCAACGGUGCACUGUUCAGUGUCCUCGCCUUCCUCGCCCUGGCCUCACACGCCCGGGCCAUGUGCACAGACCCGGUUAGUCUGGCUGUCUCUGUCUGUAUACUGUCUGUCUGUGACAGUGAUUCUGUAGCUUUGUUCCAAUUAUCUCUCCUUCCCCCAAAAGUGUUCACUUGUUCACUUCCCUUCACUGAUUUGAAAGGAAAUGACUGUAAUUAAAAAAUAUGGUGGACAUUCCCACUAGCCCAUGCCUCCACCUAUCCAAUGCUUUUAGAUUUGUGGGCAGUAGUGAGCGAGUGCACACUUCAGGAGAUAUUAUUGAGACGCACCCAGUGAGUCGGUGAGUGGACUCUCAGGCGAAACUGUCAAAUGCAGAGCUUUCAGCCUUCACUAGAAAAACAGCUUGUAGAGAACUCCUUCAAAACGUUGUGUAUUGUUUUCAGACAGGUUUCAGAUAUUAAUUAAUGCCCCUGUCCUAACCCGUGCCUCUCUCCCAGGGUGCGGUGCCUAAAGGGAACGCGACCAAGGAGUUUAUCGAGAGCCUGCAGCUAAAGCCCGGUCAGGUGGUCUACAAAUGUCCCAAGUGCUGCAGUAUCAAGCCCGACAGAGCUCACCACUGCAGGUACAGUACAGGUACUGCUGCAGUCUAGUCUAGAGAGCUCUGUCCCAUUACACUUGUUUGCUUCAAAUGUUCUUUCCUGCCAAUGUUGUUUAGCCUCAGCCCUGCUGCAUUACUUAUACCUACUGGUACUUACUAGAUGGCUAAGAAGGAGUUCCCUGGAAUUUGAAGCGCUUUGAACCUAGUUUCAAGGGACGGAAAUGGCUAAAAACAAAGGGGAUUAGUUGAAGUAGGAAUUAGGAAAAAGUAGAUAACAACACUUGGUAUUUAUAUUUGAUCAAAAUAAUGUCAAUUGAUGUGACAUACAGGAUGGUGUCAUAAUAUUUAUACUAUAACACUUCACACAUCUUCAGAGAAUGUCAUGGUAUCAGAGCACCUCUAUUUAAGCAUAUUGCAGCCUUUGCAGCUCCAUAGGGCAGAUGAUUGAUGAUGAUGUGUCAGGGCCUAGUUGAGUUGUCAGUCUGCUACCCUCUCCCUCAGAUAAUAUACCUCCUCUGUGACUCCCCUGUGUGAUGGAGACUACAGUCCAGCUCAGCAGGUUAUUCCCAUCUCUCACCUCCAUCAAUGUCAACAUGGUGUUUGUCCCAAAUUGAACCCUGUUCCCUAUAUAGUACACCUCUUUUGGCCAGGGCCCUUAGGGCUCUGGUCAACAGUAGAGCACUAUAUAGGGAAUAGAGUGCCAUUUGGAACGUAGACAGUGUGUACCGUGCAGCUAGAGGUGGCUAGGAGUGGAGUCUCUCUCCACUCACUCUCCGCUGCCUUGGUGUGUGUGUUUGAAUUCACUGAUAGUUAACUAUGCAUUAUGGCUGGUCUUCAUACACCCAGAAGGAGCAGCUUGUGUAGGUCACGGUUUGGCCCAUAUUUCCAGGCCUCUUCUGUAUGUGGCUAUACGCUGCUUUCAUGUCAUCUACUCGUGUGCGUGCUCCUCGCAGUGUGUGUAAACGCUGUAUCAAGAAGAUGGACCACCAUUGCCCAUGGGUAAACAACUGCGUAGGAGAGAAGAACCAGAAAUUCUUUGUCCUUUUCACAGUGAGUGUUUAGCCUCGAGCGACUCAGACAUGCUUCUAUUACUCAAACGUACAUUCACUACAAGCCAUCAUUCACUCACUCACAUGAGAUGUUGCUACUGUCUCAGCAUUCAUACCUUACAGUUAACGCUGACUAAUUCAACUAUCCAUCUCCUGCAACAAACCUGUAAACUCUCGCCCACAUUCACCAAUACAUCACAUUAUUCAAAAUCUUGACAAAAUAAGAGUUGUAUUUUAAAAAUAAGAGUACUGCACGGUUAACUAAUGUAAUGUUACUACGAUGUUACCUGAUGAGGUGUAUUCUUUGUCUCCCUUCAGAUGUACAUUGCACUGAUAUCCCUCCAUGCCCUGGUCAUGGUUGCCUUUCAUUUUAUCUUCUGCUUUGAGUCAGACUGGACAAGUGAGUACCAUGCUGUUCCUGCUAUGUAUUAGCAUGCUAUGCCAAAUCCACCAUACUGUUUUUAACUUUGCGUGGUAAGUCGGCAACAGAGAAACACAUUUAAUGGAUUUGGUGUUGUGGUUUCCAUUUGUAACUAUUUAUUUCCACUUCUUCAAGUGUCAUGUUGUCUUCCUCUCCAGUAGCCUGAUUGUUCUCCUUUCACAUACUUUGAUUGGCUCUCUUUGUUAGGGCAUGACUUAAUUGGUCAAUUUACCUGAUACAUACAAUAUUUCAACUGGUGCCUAAGAUAAUACUUAUCUGAUGAGACGGAAUCUAGCACACCUGUACUCAGCUUCCAGACAAUCAAUGCUCUCCAGUUUAAACCUCUUUCUCUCCCUUCUCUACUCCUCCCUCCCUCUGCCCUCCCAAGAGUGCAGUACAUUCUCUCCUCCAGCCACCGUCAUCCUCCUCAUCCUCCUCUGCUUUGAGGCACUCCUCUUCCUCAUUUUCACCUUGGUGAUGUUUGGGACCCAGGUCCAUUCCAUCUGUAACGAUGAGACGGUAAGAGAACUGAACACGCCACCAGCAUCCCUUUGCUCCCAUUCACUCCCUCACUCAAUGCUCCUCUUUACCUUCUUAACUAUCGCUGUUUAGCAGGGUUGGGGUCAAUUUCAAUUCAGGAAGUAAACUGGAAUUAGAAUUUCAGUUUACUUCCUGAAUUUAAAUGGAAUUGACCCCAACCCUGCUGCUUAGUGCUUAGAUUAAUAUUGCCAGUAGCUUUAUUCAGUGUCUUAGUAGAACUGUCCCCAAGAUAUAUACAGUAAGUAGCCAGGAUUACAGUACCUUGCAAAAGUAUUUAUCUCCCUUGGCGUUUUUCCUAUUUUGUUGUAUUACAACCUGUAAUUGAAAUUGAUUUUUAUUUGGAUUUCAUGUAAUGGACAUACACAAAAUAGUCCAAAUUGGUGAAGUUUCAAAAAAUUCUAAAAAAUAAAUAACAGAAAAGUGGUGCGUGCAUAUGUAUUCACCCCCUUUGCUAUGAAGCCCCUAAAUAAGAUCUGGUGCAACCAAUUACCUUCAGAAGUCACAUCAUUAAUUAAAUAAAGUCCACCUGUGUGCAAUCUAAGUGUCACAUGAUCUCAGUGUAUAUAUACACCUGUUCUGAAAGGCCCCAGAGUCUGCAACACCACUAAGCAAGGGGCACCACCAAGCAAGCGGCACCAUAAAGACCAAGGAGCUCUCCAAACAGGUCAGGGACAAAGUUGUGGAGAAGAACAGAUCAGGGUUGGGUUAUAAAAAAUUAUCCGAAACUUUGAACAUCGCACGGAGCACCAUUAAAUCCAUUAUAAAAAAAUUGAAAGAAUAUGGCACCACAACAAACCUGCCAAGAGAGCGCCGCCCACCAAAACUCACGGACCAGGCAAGGAGGGCAUUAAUCAGAGAGGCAACAAAGAGACCAAAGAUAACCCUGAAGGAGCUGCAAAGCUCCACAGCGGAGAUUGGAGUAUCUGUCCAUAGUACCACUUUAAGCCGUACACUCCACAGAGCUGGGCUUUACGGAAGAGUGGCCAGAAAAAAGCCAUUGCUUAAAGAAAAAAAUAAGCAAACACGUUUGGUGUUCGCUAAAAGCCAUGUGGGAGACUCCCCAAACAUAUGGAAGAAGGUCCUCUGGUCAGAUGAGACUAAAAUUUAGCUUUUUGGUCAUCAAGGAAAACGUUAUGUCUGGCGCAAACCCAACACCUCUCAUCACCCCGAGAACACCAUCCCCACAGUGAAGGAUGGUGGUGGCAGCAUCAUGCUGUGAGGAUGUUUUUCAUCGGCAGGGACUGGGAAACUGGUCAGAAUUGAAGGAAUGAUGGAUGGCGCUAAAUACAGGGAAAUUCUUGAGGGAAACCUAUUUCAGUCUUCCAGAGAUUUAAGACUGGGACGGAGGUUCACCUUCCAGCAAGACAAUGACCCUAAGCAUACUGCUAAAGCAACACUUGAGUGGUUUAAGGGGAAACACUUAAAUGUCUUGGAAUGGCCUAGUCAAAGCCCAGACCUCAAUCCAAUUGAGAAUCUGUGGUACAACUUAAAGAUUGCUGUACACCAGCGGAACACAACCAACUUGAAGGAGCUGGAGUAGUUUUGCCUUGAAGAAUGGGCAAAAAUCCCAGUGGCUAGAUGUGCCAAGUUUAUAGAGACAUAUCCCAAGAGACUUGCAGCUGUAAUUGCUGCAAAAGGUGGCUCUACAAAGUAUUGGUGAAUACUUAUGCACGCUCAAGUUUUUUAGUCUUAUGUCUUGUUUGUUUCACAAGAAAAAAUAUUUUGCAUCUUCAAAGUAUAAGGCAUGUUGUGUAAAUCAAAAGAUACAAAUCCCCCCAAAAUCCAUUUUAAUUCCAGGAUGUAAGGCAACAAAAUAGGAAAAAUGCCAAGGGGGGUGAAUACUUUCACAAGCCACUGUAUGUUGAGACAUAUCAUUAUUGCCCCUGCUGAUGUUUUGCCUGUUGUUGGAUCUUAUCUACAGGGCAUAGAGCAGUUGAAAAAGGAGGAGAGAAGAUGGGCUAAAAGGACAAAGUGGAUGAACAUGAGGGUGGUAUUUGGCCAUCCGUUCUCUAUAGCCUGGCUAAGUCCCUUUGCAACACCUGACCACGGGAAGGCAGACUAUUACCAGUACGUUGUCUGAGGUGGGAAGCCAUGCUCCAGCACCCAUGCUACCAGCCUCUUUCAGGGUGCGGACUGAUGAUGCGUACAGGCGAUAGUCUUCCCGCCGCCUGACUUCACUGAGCAUGAACUCUUCUGACACUUCUCCUUUUCUGUUUUUGGUAAUUUUUCUUCUUUGUGAAAACAUCUUUAUCUGCUUGUUUUUAAUGCUUGUCACAUCUUUUAGUUUUUUUCUUUGCCAGGUGCUGAUUUGGAUAUCUGCAUGAAAUAUAAGCUAUGUUCCCUUCUGUUCACAAUCACUGCCAAGCCCUACAAAACCAUCAACUGUAAAAUGCCUCUCUGCUUUUCUUUCUCAUGUUUACCAUUGAAGAAAGCACUUACUGAUGUAACCUGGCCAGAGCCUGUAUCUGAGCUGGCUAAAAACUGGGCUUUGCCUUUGGGAUAGAAAUGGAAAUGAUCAUAAACCCAAAGUAUUUCCUGUAUUUGGUCAUUUCCUGUUUGAGGACUAGGCCUAAACAAAGCAAACGCAUGAGCUGAAUUCAUAUUGUUUUCGUCCACUGAAAAGCCAAUCAGUUCCGAUAGGCAGAUUUUGUCUUCCAAUGUUGCAGUACCUCUGCCUAUCUAUAAUGUAGCCUAAAUGAUGUAAGCUAUAGCUUUGGUGCCAGUGCCACACUGUUGGAGUACUAACGGCCCACAAGGCAUUACGUUUGUGGUUUAGAACAGCCAAAUCAUUUGCUGCAAGCUGCAGAUUCUUU